ACUUCCUCACAGCAAUCCCUCCAAAAUGGCAAAGCAAUUCACCACCGCCGAGGUCGCCCAGCACAAGGAUGAGAGCAACGGCUUGUGGAUCAUCGUAGACACGGGCGUGUAUGACAUUACAAACUUCCUUGACGAGCACCCCGGCGGCCCCAAGAUCCUCAAGAGGAUGGCCGGCAAGGACUCGACCAAGCAGUUCUGGAAGUACCACAACGCCAAGGUGCUGGAGAAGUACGGGCCCAAGCUCAAGGUCGGCGAGGUCAAGGAGGCGGCGAAGCUGUGAUGACGUUUUUGUCGUCGAGGUUCCUCACUGCCGUUGUGCCACCAGAACGGCAAGGGGGGUGAGAUGAAUGUGAUUUUAUAGAAGCGAUCUUGAAUUUUUUAUUUUUUAUUUUUUAUUUUAUUUUUUUUUGCGAGCAGAUUUCUCAGAUUUUCUCUCCUUUUAGGCUGUUGGAAAUAGACCCGUCAUAUUGAAUGUCAACCUUCAAUUUGG